GAUGCAUAACACAAACGAGCUGCAAGCAUACUGUACUGUGUAUACACAGCUAAGUACAGUUAAUUAGGACUUGCUUUCCGAUUAGUUAAAGCUGUGUUGCUCGAGUUCUUUGUAGUAAUUAUUAACCAGCUGUUAGAGCUAUAAUGGCUGCUGCUCCUGCACGCAUCGUCUUCUCCUUCUCCGUGGAGCCUCUUCUCCUUCAAGCUUCGCCGGCGGCCGGGAACGGCCGGCGAGGGCACCGCCACCGCAGCGGUUCAAUCCGCUCCUCGCUCGCGUACAAAACACCCCAGAAAAGCAUCGUGACUGUACAAAAGACUCUGCACGGGUAUCGGAAGAGCGGACGGGAGACGAUGGCCGUCGUCGACAACCUCAAGCGCCUCUGCAUCGACCACUAUUUCGAGGAAGAAAUCGAGAGCGCCAUGGGCGCGUGCAUGGAUCUCGUCCACAGCGAUGAUCUCUUCGACGCAACCCUUGCAUUCAGGCUCAUGAGAGAGGCCGGCCAUGAUGUUUCAGCAGCAGAUGAUGUUCUGAGGAGGUUCACCGACGACACCGGCGAGUUCAAGCUUGCUCUUAGCAACGAUAUAAGGGGCCUCCUGAGCCUGCAUGACAUGUCACACCUGGACAUGGGAGAUGAAGCAUCACUCUCCAAGGCAAAGGAGUUCUCAAGCAAGCACCUUGAAUCUGCCAUCAGGUACUUGGAGCCAGGACUUGCAAGGUACGUGAGGCAGUCCCUGGACCACCCAUACCACCUGAGCCUGAUGCAGUACAAGGCUAGGCACCACCUCAGCUACCUGCAGACUCUGCCCACCAGAAACACUGCAAUGGAGGAACUAGCAAUUUCAGAGUUCCAGCUCAACAAACGGCUGCAUCAGAAAGAAAUGCAGGAGGUUAAAAGAUGGUGGACGGAUCUAGGAUUGUCUCGUGAGAUACCGGUGGUGCGGGACCAGGUGCUGAAAUGGUACAUGUGGCCCAUGACAACCUUCCAGGGGCCUUCCUCGUCCAGAUACCGGGUUGAGACCACAAAGAUAAUCUCACUAGUCUACGUUGUUGAUGACAUAUUUGAUCUUGUUGGCACACCAGAGGAGCUCUCCCUCUUCACCGAGGCAAUCAAAAUGUGGAAUACUGUGGCUGCUGAUUCACUCCCCAGUGGCAUAAGAUCAUGCUACAAGGCUAUUUACACCACUACGAAUGAGAUCGCAGAUAUGGUAGAAGAGGAGCGUGGAUUCAAUCCCAUCAAUCAUCUCAGACAUGCAUGGGCGGUGCUGUUUGAUGGAUUCAUGGUAGAGGCAAGAUGGCUGGCAACCGAUCAGGUUCCUACCGCAGAAGACUACCUGAGAAAUGGUGCUGUCACUUCAGGAGUGCCGCUUACAUUAGCGCUCGUAUUCGCCAUGCUAGGUUAUGAUCAAAGUAAUGAAGCUGCAGAGCUCGCUGACCACAUCCCUUCCAUCAUCUCUUGCCCGGCCAAGAUCCUCAGGCUUUGGGAUGACUUGGGCAGUGCAGAGGAUGAAGCACAGGAAGGACUGGACGGAUCAUACAGGGAUUUCUACCUGAUGGAAAAUCCUAGCUGCACUCAGGCCGACGCCGAAGAACACAUGCGUGGCUUGAUCGCGAGGGAGUGGGAGGAGCUCAACAGGGAGUGCUUCUCCAGGAGGACCUUCGCCUCUAGGUUCACGCAGGUUUCCUUGAACGCCGCCAGGAUGGUCGGCGUCAUGUACUCGUACGACAAGGAGCAGAGGCUCCUUGUUCUCGAGGACUACGCGAGGAUGCUGCUACUUUGAGAAACUACGUACUGUGAUCGAUGAGAACAACCUAUCCGUCAGGCGUUAUCUACGCACAGGAAUGUAGCUCGCUUCAUUCUCUGAUUUUUCUCCCUGUAUAAAAUGAAUCAAGUAAUCUCUGUUCCAUUGCAUCAGACCAUUUUA